UUUUUUACGCUGCCAUUUUGUCCGGCGGAGACUGAAGCAGCCGUCCAGCCUUUUCCUUGUCGUGUCUCAGAACAAGCACGCGUCGAGACGUUCCACGUUGCGGGACGGGGAUUGGCAAUAGCGUGGACAGCGCGAAAAGGAGAGCGAAGGCGAGCCACGGAGCAACAGCGACUGUCCUUUUUUAACAUCACCUCUCCGCCGGUUCAACUAUUUUCCAAGCUAAUGUCGGUAGCUUUUUUCGGCUAAUACCCUCCGCCCCUUGCGCCCUCUUCCCCCCCUUGACUGAGACAUCACCUGUCACCGCUGGUGACCCCCCCACCCCCCACCGUGUGAAUUUUACAAGUUCUAGCAAUGCCCUUCUCAUUUCAGUCUGACUUUUUAUGCUCGAAGGAAGAGUUGACCAGGACUUUUUGUUGCUAACGAGCUAACAAGUUGACGUGGAGGAAGGAGGAACUAAAAAAAAAAAAUCUGCAGAGGGUGAUUGGUGUUGCUAUUUCACACGGAUUGCUCGCAUUUCCCCCCCUCUGAGGUGCCCUGCGUAAACCAUUAGACCGUCCGUGUGACAGAGCGGCCAGUAAGCUAUGUUUAUUUAUGCGCACAAAGUUAUUUCCACUGUUGGCAAAUCCCACAGCGGGACUGUUUUUUGGUUGGAGGAUUGCAGCGGAAACAUGAGCUAACACAGAUUAGCUCAUAAUAGUGUCGUAGGUUUAGAGAAAGCAGAACAUAAAAAAAAGAAUCCUUUUCCGUUCGCUUGACAGAGAAGUCACGUUCAAGUGUCCCCUCGCUUGGGAGUCGACCCACUGAUAGGAUCGUUGUGCUCUUUUUUUUUCUUUCUUUCUUAUUUUUUGUUAUCUAAACCAUUGAGCAAAGGCACAUUUGAGGAGCCCAGAAGGAGACGUCAUGUCUGGCCAAUCGAUCACAGACCGGAUUGCUGCAGCUCAGCACAGCAUGACCGGAUCGGCGAUCAGUAAGGCGGUGUGCAAGGCCACCACGCACGAAGUGAGCGGACCCAAGAAGAAACAUCUGGACUAUUUGAUCCACUGCACCAAUGAGAUGAACGUGAACAUUCCCCAGUUAGCGGACACGCUGUUCGAGCGCACGGCCAACUCCAGCUGGGUGGUGGUCUUUAAAGCCCUUAUCACCACGCACCACCUCAUGAUGUAUGGCAAUGAGCGUUUCAUCCAGUACCUGGCCUCCAGUAACACGUUGUUCAACCUCACCAACUUCCUGGACAAGGGAGCCCUGCAAGGUUACGACAUGUCGACCUUCAUUCGGAGAUACAGCCGUUACCUGAACGAAAAGGCCAUGUCCUACAGACUUGUGGCUGUGGAUUUCACCAAGAUGAAGCGGGGGACCGACGGUGUGAUGCGAACCAUGAACACGGAAAAGCUGAUCAAGACGCUGCCCAUAAUUCAGAACCAGCUCGAUGCGCUGCUGGAUUUCCAGGCCAACCCGAACGAACUCACUAAUGGUGUGAUCAACUCUGCCUUCAUGCUGCUCUUCAAAGACUCAAUCAGGCUGUUUGCUGCUUACAACGAAGGGGUCAUCAACCUCUUGGAGAAAUACUUUGACAUGAAGAAGAACCAGUGUAAAGACGCGCUGGACAUCUACAAGAAGUUUCUUUACAGGAUGACAAAGCUGUCAGAGUUCCUCAAAGUGGCCGAGGAAGUUGGAAUAGAUCAGGGUGACAUCCCCGAUCUCUCGCAGAAAACAAAAGGAUCAUACAUUGCCCCCAGUAGCCUCCUGGAGGCUCUGGAGCAACACCUGGCCUCCCUGGAGGGCAAGAAGACCAAGGAGCUAAAUGCAGACGCCAGAGCGUCCACCCUGUCCAGUGCCGUCUCAUGUCUCGCCUCCACCGACAUGUCCUUCGCCCGCAUGGAUGAAAAGGAGAAGCAGCUGGCCCUGGAGGAGGAGCAGGCCCGACUGCAGGCUCUUAAGGAUCAGCGUCUGAAGGAGAUCAGCAUGCAAACUCCGCCCUCUGCCUCCCCCAGCAACCAAUCCGUAGGCAGCACCCACAACAACAACCACAUCACGCCAACGCCAGAGUUGUUCGGCUCCACGCUCUCAGCCAACAGUGUGCCCCACCUGAACAGCGACUUGUUUGAUCUGCAGCCAGCCUUCAUCCCCGCGGUGCAGUGCACUCCUUCCAUCUCCUCCGCCAACAGUGCCUGGGGAGUUCUUCCAAAAGGAAGCAGCACUUAUCCAAGAACGGAACUACAUCCCUCAGGACUGGAGAGCCAGCCCCUGCAACAGAACGCCCCCGGCAUGACCGUAGAUUUCGAUGCCGUGUUCGGGAAUAAGGCCGCUCCUGCUAACGACGGAACACAGCCAGCAGCCGGUUUUGACACCCUGGGAGAUCUGCUGAAGCCGACGGUUCCCAUACAUGCCGCCCAUCCUCUCCCGCCGCAAAUGGUCUUCCAGUCUGGAGGAAAGCUGCUCGCCAAUGACCUGGACUCCUCCCUGGCCAACCUUGUAGGCAAUCUGCAGUUUGGUGGAACCCCAUCCAAGAAUUGGCCCUCCAGGCCGGACAUGCAAUGGAACCAGCCCGGGGAGAAGAAGCUGACGGGCGGCCAGAACUGGCAGAACAAGACCAUGUCCACCACCCAGUGGAGCCCCGCCCCCAUGGUCCCGCCUCCCAUGCCUGUGCCACACGUGAAUGGAAUGUUCUAUACUAGUUAUGCUCCAGCUCCCGUGGCUUUCCCCAUGACGACACCGCAAGUGCCUGUGUAUGGAAUGGUACCCCCCCAGAUGGGUCAGGUGGGUGGGGUCCCAGUCAUGGCUCCUCAGCCGAUGAUGUAUAACCAGCCUGUCCUCAGACCCAGUAAUCCCUUUGCAGCCAUGCCUGGAGCCCAGAUGCAGUUUAUGUAAUCCAGUCAAGGGCGGGUGGAGGGGGAGUUGAGUGCCAAAAGCGACAAAUUAACACAAAGAAGACAAACACACAAGACGAGCGAUUAUUUGAUCAAGCUUAAUCGGACAAAGACUGCGACGCAACCGAUGCCGCCAAAGCAAGUUGAUGAGGCUUGGAGGGAUUGCCGUUGUCUGAAGCAACCCGUGUGUGUGUGUGUGUGUGUGUGUGUGUGUGUGUGUGUGUACGGAUGCAUGGGUAGCUCGCUGCAUUGCUGGAUGUUUGAGGCUGACCGAAAACGGGUGUGCCAGAUUGGCGACGGCGGGGAGGAUGCAUGUAACUGAGGUGAGGGUCUUUGCUGCCACAUUAGCUUUAUUUCAUACUGGUGCUACUUUGUCCCCUUUUGGCUGCGUCGGCCUGCAACUGUCUUUGUGAGGACGUGCGUGUGUGUGUGUGUGUGUGUGUGUGUGCGUGCGGCAGCUGCUUCAGACAAGCAUCCUCCCCUGAAACCACUCCCUCACACGCCAGCCGAUCUGUGAGUCCACUCUUGUGAUUAUGGUAAUUGUUUUGUACCCGCCCCCCCCCCCCUGCCCCCGACAAGUCAUAUUCAAGCCACACCGAAACGCGGGCCCCGAGUUGUGAUAGCAUGUUUGCGUCGCAAGCAGAAUGCGAGUGAAUCCUUCGUCAUGUGUGUCGGCGCUGCUUCUUGAAAGCCUGCUCACAAAGCAUCUCGUAGCGGAGGCCAUGCAGGUUGACAUGUGGACAUGGGAAGCCCCCCCGGGUUAUUUUUCGAUGUCCUACCAGUGCGCCAAGUUGUCCGCACUGCACUGAAAAAACAAAACAAAAAAGCAUUUGUUAAAGUUACUCAAUUUUAUUGUGUCGAGUGGUUGCAUGGAAUAAGGUCAUCUGGUUGCAUAGUCUACUUUUAUUUUGUGCAGCCACUUAACGAAAUAAAAUCGAGCGAAUUCAACUCGUUUUUUUUUCUCCCCAGUGUAAAAAUUCAGCUUUGAAGUACGCCUUUUGCAAAAUAAUCGAAUGAUGACUUUUUCCUCCCCCCCCUCAAUGUUGCUAUUUACUAUGCGAUUUCUCACAUUUGAUUUAACAAGGUCGCAAUCGGUUAUGCAACACUAUUUUUUUUUUUUUGAAAAUCUCAACGCUCUUCUCCUCGUGCGCUAAAUGGUCUCACGAGUAAGACUUGAGCGCGCUAGCAGGAUCAAUGUUUUAACGGCUGGCCAUGUGAUAAUGCGCAUACAUUUCUCUGAGCUCCCUUUUGUAUUUUGACAUUUAUUUUACCAGCCCAGAGAAGUGGAAAGCUUUCUUUUCUAUUAUCUUCUCCAUCAAAGGAGGUGUUCCAGUACGUGAAACAAUUUCCACGUGCUAAUCCCCCCAAUGACGGUGGCUUCUCUUGAAUUAACUGUUUUAUGCCCAUUUUUUUUUCCCUCCCCUGCCGGUAAGCCUCACUAAGCGGAAUCCAUGUAAUGGCUACAGAGGUUGCGUUUCCCCUUGUUGUGCUCAGUGAAUGUCUGUGCUCGUUUCCAUCGGACAUUUUGAAUCACUGAAAUUGCACUGAUUCUAUUUAAGUGUCUUUUAGUGUACCCCCCAACCCGCCCCCCGCCCCAAUUCUUCCGUUUUUUGAACAAAAUGUUGGCGUCAAAUGUUGUCUUGUGCAAAAGGUCAGCCAAAGCAUUCCAUCGCAAUGAUUUGUCAACACGUGUCGGUGUGUCAUUCUACGUCAGUUUUCAUCGAGGGCUAGUUCUCAAAGUCUCACGACAUUGUCAAAGACACACGUGCUUAUUUUGUUGCAAAAAAAUGCACACGCAGAGUUUUGCACUGAUGUGAUCAAGCCGCAGCUGUCGGGUCUACUUUCUGGUGUCAAAAAAAAAAAAUAGUUUGGAGUUUUACAGUUUGUGUAAACACACCCAGCCACUUUAGCAGGUAACAAAAUGUUCCUGCCAUUUGAACAAUGGACUUUUUCUACUCCCGGCCCCCAGUCAGUUGUCUUCAUCCAGACCUCCACAGCAGUUCUAGUCCUAUCACGCUUUUGUCUCCCGUCUUCUAGAACGCUGCUUCUUCUCGCCUGCCUCGUCCACACUUUUGCUGUGUGUAGAUAUGUAAACACGAAUGAUGCUCGUGCUCGCCUCGAUCAUCACCGUUGCUAUUGGAUAGAUGUCGCUCUUGAACGUUUCUCGUUACCGUCUUGUGUUAGCGUUAGACUCCUCGUGCCGUAGAUUUCCUGCCUCGUCCUGUACUGCUUUCGUUUCUUUCAAUCUUUCUCGGUGUGUCCCACUUUUUUUUUUUUUUUUUGGCAACAUAUUUGGAGGCUACUGGCCUUGUUGUUCGACUUUGCGCUAUUCCCUCUUUUUGCUUUGUAAACCGGUCUCAUCUGUGCCUCUGUUGAAGCAGGUCAGCAGCCUAUGCGGCAUCUGCUCAGGCGCUUGAAUGUCCACAGCAAAUCAUGUGAUCAUGGGGCCCCAAGUUGUCCCAAUUUGAUGGAGAUAUUGGGGACGAUAAUGUAAUUUACAGCUGAUCAGUGUCAGCUAAAAAAAAAAAACGAUUUUUUUCCCACCCCUUAAUUUUUAGAGAUCACAAAGCGACAAAGACCUUGCCAAAUGCAACAGCAAUAGCUUAGUUUUAUACUAAACAAUGAAUUUAUUCAGGUUUGUUAGUCGAGGAUUAAAAGAAAUAAGAAAAAAAACGGCCGCUGACCCGGAUGUGAAAAGAUUUUGCUCACGUGACCGAUGGUCAAGACAAUUCGAAAAAUACUACAAACUAAGUCCGAAUUGAAAGAGUGACGGGUUAACAAGUGUGACACAUUUACACUACCUUCAAAUACGAGCCUCGCGUGUGUCAAUUAUUUUGUGACAAGCAAAUUUGUGCCCCAAGGGUAGCAUCGAUUCGUCGUCAUACAAUUAAGACACACUUCUAAAUAAGAAUGUACAUUUGUUGUUUACUGUGGAAGAAAUCAAACGGGCUCGAAUGCGGGGGAAAAAAUGUGGUCGGGACACCUCUACUCAGCACUUUGACACAAGAUGUCGCCGUCAAGCGUGUAUUCAAUUCACCCUGGGAACUUGACCACGUCGUGCUGUGCGCGCGCAGCUCUCCUAAACAAGCAACAUUGUCAAGGUGACGUUUAAUUUACUUUAAGCGACUGAAUUCCUUUCCCGUAGCAUCUGAAAGGCGCGUUCAGCUUUUUGCCUUCCCGCUUGGACACCAGAGAGUAAAGCAGUAAAAUGUUUCACCCCCUCUCCCCUCACCUGACGGGCGAGAUUAAAAACAACACAAAACCUCUCCGUACCUGCUCCGUAUGGCAACUACUGUCAAUUCUGCAGUUUUGUAUUUCAUUAUUUCCUCUGCAUGGUGCCCGGUCCUGUGUGACGUGAAAAGCUCUCCUUUGUCUCGGGAGACUUUGAUAUUGCCCGUUCAUGAUUGGUGAAUUAAUUAAUGGGCUGUGAUCCUCGGCUCGAUUUCAUGCUCAUUACUGGUCCGAAGGAAAACACGGAUGAGCCUUGAAAGUGACGUUCAAAUCAGCGAGUGCAUGGUUGUAGCGUUGAUUGUUCUUUUUCUAAACAGCAUGACGUAACGGUGACCAUCAUUCAAUUUUACCACAAUUCCCAUAUGGAAUCUCCCCCCGAUAUAUUUUCGGUGGCCUCACUACUGUUGUAGAUGAGCCGCAGCAGCAAAGUGUCCCCAAAUGUGUCACGUUGUCCAAGUUUUUUUGUGAUUCUGCCGCCAUCUAAUGUUCACUUCGCGUAUUGCAGCUUUAUGGGAAAAAAAUCUGAAAAGUGGUGGCAUUUUUUUUACAUCAUAUCCUGCACUAUGCUCAUUUAUGCUUUUUGAAAAUUGAAUUAUGGAAGAGAUAUCAGCGGCACCGAUGUAAUAUCACUGAUCAUGUACACCCUCCCUCUGUCAUUCAGUGUCGCCAAACGCUUUUUGAGCUGGUGCCACCUUUCAAUCGGUUUCCUUGUACAUGAUUUCUAUUUAUUUAAUGCAGAAUUAUAUGGAUUGUAUCGAGCAUGGAAAGGCAAAACGACAAAAAUCACAGGCUUUUAUUUUACAGCAGUAUAUUUGUUUAUUCAGAGGAUUGUUUUUCUGUCUUUUUGGAAGAAAUAAAGUCAUUUUCCAUUACGAGAA